UCUUUUAAAAUUCCAUCGACACGAUUGUCUCCUGCAUCCACAACGUCGCUGUUACGUCAAAUUAAAGCGACCGAAACACGUGUGAAAGCUGCGGAGAUGGCUGACAAGUUGCAGUUCCAUGAAAUGGGUUUGGAUGAUCGCCUCUUAAAGGCGCUCGCAGACUUGGGCUGGGCUCAACCAACCUUGAUCCAGGAAAGAGCCAUCCCUCUGGCUUUAGAAGGAAAGGACCUUCUGGCUCGAGCCAGGACUGGGUCGGGUAAAACAGCUGCGUACGCCGUUCCUGUCAUACAGCGGAUCCUUGCCUCUAAACUGAGUGUCCGCGAGCAGGCAGUGAGGGCUCUAAUCCUGGUGCCAACGAAAGAGCUAGGCCAGCAGGUUCAGAUUAUGAUUCGUCAAUUGACGGCCUUUUGCGCCAGGGAUGUCCGCGUGGCUGAUGUCUCCGGCAAGGCUGAUCUGUCAGCCCAGAGACCUGUUCUGAUGGAGAAGCCUGACGUGAUUGUGGGGACCCCGUCUCGUGUCCUGGCCCACCUAAAAGCCCAGAACCUGGUCCUGCACUCGUCCCUGGAGACCCUGGUCAUAGACGAGGCGGACCUUCUGUUCUCCUUCGGCUUCGAGGCCGACCUUAAGAGCCUGCUAUGUCACCUGCCUAAGAUCUACCAGUCAUUCCUGAUGUCUGCCACAUUCAGUGAGGAUGUCGAGGCCUUGAAGGAGCUGGUGUUGCAUAACCCAGUGAUCCUCAAGCUCCAGGGCUCCCAGCUCCCAGACAGCAGCCAGCUGCAGCAGUACAGCGUGCAGUGUGAGGAGGAGGAGAAGUUCCUGUUGAUAUACACCCUGCUGAAGCUGCACCUGGUGCAGGGGAAGACCCUGGUGUUUGUGGGAGCGGUGGACAGGUGCUACAGACUCAAACUGUUCCUGGAACAGUUCAGCAUACCAGCCUGCGUUCUCAACUCUGAGCUGCCCGUCCAGUCCAGGUGUCACAUCAUCACUCAGUUCAACCAGGGCUUCUACGAUUACAUCAUAGCCACGGACGAGCAGGGAUUGGCUGAUCCCACCGCAGCACCACAGACCACCGAUGGGAAAGGGAAGAAAAAGAAGAAGAAGAAGAACGCAGGGAAAGGAGGAAGAGUCAAGGACAAGGAGUAUGGGGUCUCCAGAGGAGUCGACUUCCAAAACGUCGCUAACGUCAUCAACUUCGACUUCCCCGAUUCAGUAGAAUCCUACAUACAUCGAGUGGGACGAACGGCCAGAGCAGACAACCUCGGCUCAGCGCUCACAUUCGUCACUCACACACAGCUGGCGCUCCUGAAGGAGGUGGAGGACGCCCUCACUGGAGACAACGCUGAAUCCGCGGUGAAGCCUUUUGGAUUCAAGAUGGAGGAGAUCGAGGGCUUCAGGUACAGGUGUCGGGAUGCCAUGCGGUCUGUAACCAAGCAGGCAGUGAGAGAGGCCAGACUGAAGGAGAUCAAACAAGAACUGCUCAACUCAGAGAAACUAAAGACGUACUUUGAGGACAAUCCCCGAGACCUGCAGUUGCUGAGACAUGACAAAGAUUUGCACCCUGCUAUAAUAAAACCCCAUCUGAAGAACGUCCCAGAUUACCUCAUUCCACCGAUGCUGAGGGGUGUGGCCAACUCUUUCUCGGGAAAGAGGAAAAAGAGGAGAAACGACAAACCAAAACCAGCAGGUGUCAUAAAGACUCCCUUUAAAAAGAACCUCAGAGGCAAGAAUCCCCUGAAGACUUUCCGCUUCACCGGAGGGGCCAGUAAAGGGGUUGGUCGAGGGGCAAGUAAAGGGGCUGGUCGAGGUGCCAAGACCGGCAAACACUAGGCUUCAGUGUACAUCAAUAACGGAAUUUUCAAUAUAAACUCAACAAUGACAUUAACCGAGGACGCAACAGCCUUCAGUCCAUCUAGAGGCUGAAGGUACACCAGGAAGCUGUCACCUGUCGGAUGGGUCGCCUUGUGUUGAGUUGGAAAUGUUUUGUUUGGAAGUGCCUUUCUCUGUGAACGCAGCAUGUUUGAGUAACUGAGGAUUCUGUGGUAUACCUGGUAGUGGGUUUUGUCUAAGCCUCAGACCAGAUUCUCUCUGCCUCAGUCCUGAUGGAGUUUCCAAUGCUGUUUUCAGAGUUGUGCUCUGGUUGAGAGUGAGUCUGCUAUUACAGAUUUUGUAUUUAAUACUAAAUGGUUCACAUUUGUAUAAAAUAGUACGUGCUCUAUAAAAUAGUACGUGCUCUUAAGUGUAUUAGCUAUUUGUCAAUGUAUCUCGCCUCAAUUCUUUGAGAAUCUCUGGAUUUUUGAAGAAAAUAAAACAAAAUGAUGGUAUCGUUUGAAUAAUUUAUUUAAUCGUAAUGACAAUUUCUAAUUUGUUUCACGUGUAAUACUAUGUAUGGGUGAGAGGACUCAGAACAUUCGAAACGAAGUAGAAGAUAAAGCAAACAUUUCUCCAUGUAUGGUUUGUACUCUGGUGAAGACACCGUUGUUUAUGGCUAUAUUAAAGUAGAUUUAGAAAAUGUGACAAGAAACAAAGAAGGCACAAAGAUAGGUAGAUAAGCCUGCCAGAACAAUUAGUUUAACAAGGUAACCCCUCAUUUAUACAGAUAUAUAAAGACUACUUUAAGAAACAUUGCCAUUUAGUACACAACAGUUGCUGUCUGCAUAAUAAAUAUGUGAUCAAAGAACCAAACACUCAUCUUACAUUUCAGGUCUUGGGAAAUGUCCAUUGCCUUGUUUGAACCAUUUCUCACACGUAUUAACUUAAUACGGCCCAGAUUUAAAUCAUGUAAAACACUCACACAUUUAAGGCUUCAGACGUCAUUCUGCAUGUACGCAGAAGGCAACUGGUUUCUAAAUCGUGUACUUUUCCAACAUCAGGAAUGUCUAGAAUUCAGCCAGUAGCAGCUUGAUGCACCUCGCAAUCAAGUCACAUUCAUCUUGUUGUACAAACUGGUUACACAACUGAUCAUCCCACAAUUUUCAAUGAACAGCGCUUAAUUGAAUCCCAAAUGCAAUACUGAACAAACCACCAUCACAUCUCAUCGCCAUUAGACAGGUACACACAGUAUAGGUACAGGUAAUCUUUGCGGUAAGAUCCCUCACCGAGAGCUUUGACAUACGCAGGCUAUCAACUCGCAGGUCUGACAACCGCGCACACACCCGCUGCUCAACGAGACAGCCAAUCAAAGCACAGGACAUUG